GACAAAUCAGAAGCUAUCCGUCUCCCAACUGAUCAUAGGAAAAGAGAACUACAAGAUGUACUUAAACUGAAAAGUUGGAUAAUGAAUAUUAUAUGACAGAUUUCAAUAAACCAUGUCUCGACAAUCAAGUAGAAGACCAGAAAAGCAGAAAAUAGAUUGGCAUUUGCCAUCUUCGUCAUCUACAGGUUCAGCACAUCACAUGGGCAUUGAACUCAUUGUACUCACAUAUGGAACUGUAGUAGAACAGCUGUGCAAAGACUAUGAAAAUGAUGAAGAUAUCAAUAAAGAGCUUGAUAAAAUGGGACACAAUAUAGGCUCAAGGCUGGUGGAAGAUUUUCUAGCUCGGUCAAGCAUUACGCAAUGCCGUAAUUUUCAUGAAACAGCAGAAGUCAUUGCUAAGGUUGCUUUCAAGAUGUACCUUGGUGUGACUGCUAGAGUGACUUUUUGGACUCUAGCUGGAGAUGACUGCUCACUAUUCUUGGAGAAGAACCCACUGAGGGACUAUGUGGAAAUACCCGAAAAGCACUCCUGUUUGCUCUACUCCAACAUGAUCUGUGGGAUCCUGAGAGGGGCACUGAAAAUGGUUCGUCUGCAGGUGGACGUUCAACUUCUUCAGGAUUCAGUGAAAGAUAACAAUAUAACUGAAAUAAGAAUGAAGCUGAUGAGAAGACGCAAAGUGGCUCUUACUGCUGAGAAACAGCAAGAAUAGUGCUUCAGAAAAGUGCCGGACAUCUUUCAGUUAUUUGCCUUAGCAUUAUUUUUGCAACUUGAAAUAGAUAACUGAGAUAAAGCAAGGUUACAGUAGCAGUGGAUGAGGAAUCAUAACCAUUUUCUUCUGAUGUGAUUCCUGAUUUAUGG